AUGCUUCGUUACCGAUCAGUCAAUAAGCCUGAUGACCAACUGAUCAACCAGUUUAGAACGCGCUAUGGCUCGUUCUUGUACAACGCCUGUCAUCCACAUUGGGCCAAGAUUCGCGGUGCCAAUGACGCGCAAGACUCGAUCGCCCCUCGCGGGUUUGAUAAUGCCUCCACGAGCUUGAAUCCCGCCGAUCCUGGUACAGCUUAUAUGGCGGAGUCAAUUAAUCCGCAAGCCAUUACGCUUCAAAACGUCAGCACGCCAGGAUCUGGUGCAGUCUUUCACAACUCGGGGGGUGACCUUCACGCUGCUGCUUUUAGAUGGAUCCAGCCAAGUCCCCUUCCACUUAAUGAUGGGCUGACACCACAACUUUCGUCAAAUGGAACCAGUGGUUUCCCUGCUUCCAUUGAGACGCGACACGAUCUACAAGAGAACAAGACUCUUGGCCAGGCGGACCAUCUAUUAAUGCCAUGGCUUAUGACGGGUCCAGUUCCCAGUUGGGAGAGCAUGAAUCCAGACUGCCUGAGUUAUCCCGAAAAUGCAUUCAAUGAACUUCCUGAGUUGACCUUUGGCACGGACACCUAUGCAACGCCCGUCAGUCAAACCGCCACUCCGGCAGCCUUCAACAUGCGCAGAGAAUGUAAUAACUUUCGGUUCCAUGUGACUUUAAACGCCCCGGUGGCGAUGUUUCCACUUGCCAGUGGAAACCAAGUGACAUAUCUCAACAAGGGCCAUGUUUACAAUGUGGCCGUCGUUGACUCUACUCCCCAAGUUAUGCAGUCAAGCCCAGUGAGAUACAGGACCCACAUACGGGUCACUUUUGAGGCAGAAGAGCAGAGAAAGAACCCACACGCCGCAUGGGAGCUCUGGAAGUCGCUACGUGGGCAGAAAGAAGCUGGCAGGUGCAAUAAUUCGGCUUUAGGGGUUGAGUAUGCUACUUUACCCGAUGCUAGCAUGAACGGUGAACCUGAUGCCAAUAUACAACUUGAGAGAACCUCUAUCGACGGUUUCUCCGUUAUAUGGACCGCCGAUACAGCCUCCCAAGUUGUCAGAUGCAACAUCCCUGUACGAUUCAACGUCUUGUCCACUGAUUUCAGUCGUUCAAAAGGAGUUCAAGGCGUUCCAGUACGGCUUUGUGCGAUGACAGAGAUCGUAACAGAAGAGCCUCACGAAGCGGAGAUGUGUUAUGGUAUAGUGAAGCUGUUUCGUGAUCAUGGUGCCGAGAGAAAGAUGUCCAACGACGAAGCGUACGCCAAAAAGCGGGUUGAAAAAAUCAGCCAGCAAAUGGCUGAAAAAGAGGCUCGGAAAUUGUCUAGGAAGCAUAGUCAUAAGCGUUCCUCUCAAAACACUGCUCUCUCUGACAAGCCUCCCACGAAGCGAAGACGCUCGAAUUGGCUCAAUGAUCCAUCAUUCGAAUAUGACCCAAACGCCGAACUUUCGUUCUUGACCAACCUACUGUCAUCGGAACGUCCUUUAACCGUUCUAGGCCUUCCUGGUGUUGCACAAGAUCACCCUGUCAAUUUCCCGGUUCAGCUAUCGGACCUGAAUACUUCUGCUGGGUGUGACCUUACAAGACGACAGUCUGAUCAUUUUCAGGCCAAUCUCAUGACUCAGAAAGUGGCAAAGAGCCUCAGCUACGAUGGCUCUUGUCUUUCCUCUCCCUCAGUUCAGACACUGCGCAGUUCAUCCUCAGACACCCAGUCAUCACAGUCUACUGCAUUAUCCAGCGUCGAAGGUUCCCCUGUAUCAAUUUCCAGUGAUGCUCCCAGAUAUGUUGCAUGCUUCUACGUCCAGUUCAUCAGAGAUGGAAAGCCUGUUAACAACUGCUACCAUGCGAUUUAUCUGAGGGAGAGGACAGAGUUAGAGCUCUUGCGGGGAAUUUCGAAGAAUCUGCUGAUAGGCACAGAUCAAAUUCGCCUCAUUUGGGUCAGUCCCAAGGGUAUGAAAGUCAUUGUGGACGACGAUAUGGUAAACCACUUCCCAGAGGGGCAACUCUUGUCUGCAGAUAUCUCCGAUAUCGAUAUUUCUCAGAACGAAGGGAGAGACUUGGACUCAAAAGUUUCUCCGAUUGAAGUUAGGUUAAUGUUUUCCGCAUGUUAA